AUGAGCAUUCUUCACAACAGCAGCAACAACAACAACAACUCUUCCACACAGGUUCAGGUGUGGAACAACGCCGCAUUCGAUGGCUUCGAACAUUACACAUUGAAGAGUUCUUGGUCUUCCUCUUCCGAUUGCACAAAGGAAAACCUGAGCCCCGCCGCACUCAAUUCCUCCCCGAAACCCAACAAGGGUUUCGGUUCCGAACAAAAACGCGACGCGAAAGAGAUCGACGACGAGAUCGAAAACAUCGAGAACGAGAUCAAGCGUCUCUCGAAGAGGCUCGAAGGGCUUCGUCUCGAGAAAGUUGAGAGAAUCGCGUUUGAAAAGCGCGGUGGUGGUGGCAGGGUUGUCGCUGCAAAGUUCAUGGAACCGAAACCGAAACAAAACGCCGUCGUUUGGGCAAAGAAGGUCGAGGAAACUCCUAAAUCGAAGGUCGUUAAUUCUCGUCGAGGCGUGAGUUUGGGGCCGGCGGAGAUCGUUUCGCGUGUUGCUCCGCUGCCGGGAAAGGCUGAUUUCACCCCUCUUACGGGUCGCCGGAAAUCGUGCUUCUGGAAGCUGGAAGAUAAAAGUGUGAUUCAUAGUGUUGGUGGAUCAAGAAAGUGUGUGAAGAAGAAAGAGGAUUGGGUUGAGCCAAAGAAGUUGAUGUUCAAGGAAGGGGAAAAAUCAGUGUCUGUGAGUAGUAAUAAGAAAGGGAGGGUUGUUGCGAGCCGUUAUAACAAAUCUAGUGAAGCGAGGAAGAGGUCACUGCCUGAGAGUAACAAUGGAAAUGAGGUUGUUAAGGUGAAGAAGAGGUGGGAGAUUCCUUCAGAGGCUGUUAAUGGGGUUGUGUUGCUUCCGAAGAUUAGAACGCUUCAGCGCGGUGGUAAUGAUGAUAAUGAGAGUUCUAGAGAUUCUGGUCCUGCAAAAAGAGUUGCAGAGUUGAUAGGGAAAAGGUCUUACUUUUGCCCUGAUGAGAAUGCUGAAGGAUCUGUUUGUCAAGUUCUGAGUUUUGCUGAAGAAGAAGAAGGGUAA